AUGGCCAUGAAGCCAGACAUCUCAGCCAUCACAAACCCACUCGUAACAUCAACGCAACUCCUACACUUCAAAUCGUCCUCCAUAGUAUCCACACCCUCCUCCCACUUCGCAACCUUCCUCCUCACCCAAGCAGCAGGCAUCUUCCUACGACUACCACAAGAAACGAUAGCUACCGCCAUCGUCCUACUACAGCGCUACCUCAUCAGCUCUGCCUCAUCACCCAUCGCUACCUCCACCACCAACGGCAUAGAAUCAACAAAACCCAAUCCCGAACUCGCCCACCUCUCCGCAGCCGCCCUCUACCUCUCCGCCAAACUCUCCUCCAUCCCAACCUCCCCACGCAAUCUCAUCAACGUCUACGCCUUCCUCACCUCCCAGACCAGCUCGCCCUUACCCUUCAUCAGCCCUUCCGCAAGGACAUCAGCAACGACCACAUCUCCUCCUGAUCCUUCAUCGCACUACGUCUCCGAAGGCGCGCUCGAACGCCACCGCCUCCUACUUUUCCAACUCGAAUCCCGCCUCCUCAUCUCCCUCGCCUUCAACACCAACGUCUCCCUCCCACACCCGCUGGCCUUGACAUACCUGACCCUCCUCUUUCCCAACCAGCAACACACCGAACUCACGACUCGAGUGCUGUCACACCUUAACACAGCCCUGCUAUCCCCCAACGGACAAUACUUGUACCUAACCCAUCAGCCUACGGCCCUAGCAGUAGCAGCCAUCUACCUCGCGGCGCGAGAGCUGCAGGUGAAGAUACCCGUCGGCGAGUGCAACUGGUGGGAAGUCUUCGACGUAGGCCGGGAAGAACUGGGCUUCUGCGUGGUAGGCAUGCUGGCUGGCACAGAGGCUACGCUGCCGGAGGCGGGAUCUUUGGGAGCGUUCCGAUAG